AUGGAAUCAUUCAGAAUCUCGCCCGAUGUUUAUACUCUCAAUGUUUUGAAUAACUGCUUCUGCAAUUUGAACCGGGUGGAUUUCGGGUUCUCUGUCUUGGCAACAAUUUUGAAACUUGGUUAUCACCCAAACUCUGUUACUCUAAACACUCUUGUCAAGGGGCUGUGUCUUCAAGGUAACAUUGCUGGAGCUGUGAGGUUGGUUGCAGAUAUAGAGAAGAACGGGUAUCAACCUAAUGAAAUUACUUGUGGGACGAUACUAAAUGGUCUGUGUAAGAUUGGUGAGAAUGAUAUGGCUGUUAGGUUGCUCAGGAAGGAUAGAUUGGUAACUGAGGCUUUGAACCUUUUGCCUGAAAUGAGGAGCAAAGGUAUUCAACCGAAUGUUGUCACUUACACGUGCUUAAUUCAAGGACUGUGCAAUUUCGGCCAAAGGAGGGAGGCUAAUACUUUGUUGAAUGAGAUGUCACAAAGGAAGGUCAUGCCAAAUUUGCAAACCUUUAGCAUAUUGGUGGACACACUUUGCAAGGAAGGGAUGUUGACCAAGGCAAACGAAGUUUUUACCGUGAUGAUUCAAAGAGGCAUUGAGCCUAACACAGUCACAUAUAGCUCUUUGAUUGAUGGUUAUUGUUUACAAAACAAAAUGGAUGAUGCUAUCAAAACAUUUAAUAUGAUGGUUGAGAGAGGUUGUUCACCUAAUGUGUCUAGCUAUAACAUAUUAAUCAAUGGAUAUUGCAAAAAUAAAAGAAUUGAUGAAGCAAGAAGUCUCUUUGAUGAAAUGUCCAGCAAGGGAGUGGCUCCCAACGUUGUGACUUACAACACUCUUAUAGGUGGGUUUUGUCAAGUGGAGAGACCCCAGGCUGCACUAGACCUAUUUCAAAAGAUGCAAGCAUGUGGCCAACUUCCAAAUCCCCAAGCCUAUGCUAUCUUGUUGGAUGGCCUUUGUAAGAACAAAAAAAUUGGGGAGGCGUUGGCAUUGUUUCAAGAGAUGGAAGACAAAGAGUUGGACCACAAUAUUGUGUUUUACAACAUCUUGAUUGACAGUAUGUGCAAUGCAAGGGAACUUGCAAACUGCAAGAGAAAUCUUUAAUUGUCUUCUUGCAAAAGGAUUGCAACCUGAUGUUAAGACUUACACUAUAAUGAUCAAAGGGUUUUGUAAAGAGGGGUUAAUUGAUAAAGUGAGUGAGCUGCUAGAGAAAAUGGAUGGGAACCAUUUCUCUCCUGAUGAUUGCACAUAUAACACAAUCAUCCAAGGGUUGCUACAACAAAAUGAGACAGCAAAGGCUUUGGAACUUGUUAAGAUAAUGGUUGACAAAGGUUUUUCAGCAAAUACAACCACUGCAUCCAUGGUAGUUGACUUGCUAUCUGCAAAUCCAAGAGAUAAAGCACUUCAAGAAUUACUUCAAUAACUUGUGUGAAGGCUUUUAAUUUUACAACAUCAAGAACAACUUUCAUCAUUUAUUGCUUUGCUAGACGAGCCAUAAAGAGUAUGUAUAUUUAUUGGAAGCUGUGAUUUACUUUUUAUGAAUUGGUGUUUCUUUUCAUGUCAUUGAAGGUUUUUUUUUUCUUCCUUUCCAAUUACCUUGUACACUUUGUUUUUGUUUUUAUCUUUUUAUAUCUUUUUAAAAACUUGACAGCUGAAAAGUUGUCACAAGGUAUUGUUUUUGUAAAUUAUAGAGUUUGGGACUCUUGUAUGCCUUUCGGCAUUUCAAAUUAAAAUUUUCUUUUGGAUGAAAUAAAAUUUAUGAAUUGUCUGUUUAA